ACACAAACUGUCUCAGACAGAAGGAAGGGUCAGACCAAAAGGCUCCCUGAGGUGGAUGUACAGUAGGAGAGCCAUGCUUGCUCUGUGGAGGUGUAAUUAGUUUAACAGCAGUUUGGGGAGGUACGACUGAGAGGAGGAGUUGGUUUCUUCAGGACUCCCUGGACAAGAGAAAGAGCUGCAAACGGAAAGACAAGAUUGAGAAAUAUGGAUAAUCAAGACAAAGGAGGAGGAAAAGGAGGUGGAGGGCCGACAGCAGACAAACAGAAAGCCAAGGAGAUCACUGAUGAUGAAAAGCGUUCAAAAGACAAGAACAACAAGCUGGAGAAGGAGAGCUCUGAGAAAGAGCCAAGCACAGAGAAGAAGAACCGUCGCUGCCUGUUGAGAAACGGCUGGUCUUUGUCUGAACGUCUCGCCAUCAACGUGUCCGGGAUGCGCUACGAGACACAGCUCCGCACCCUCGCCCAGUUCCCUGACUCUCUGCUGGGUGACCCUAAGCGUCGCCUUCGCUACUUUGACCCUCUGCGGAACGAACUCUUCUUGGACAGGAGCCGAGUGUGCUUCGACGCCAUCCUGUACUACUACCAGUCUGGUGGGAGGCUAAGGAGGCCGGCCAAUGUCCCUCUGGAUAUGUUCCUAGAGGAGCUGCGCUUCUACGAGCUUGGAGAGGAAGUCAUUGAUCGAUACAAAGAGGACGAAGGCUUCGCUAAGGAAGAGGAGAGACCCUUACCUACUAAUGAUUUACAGCGCCGCCUCUGGAUGCUGUUUGAGUACCCGGAGUCUUCUGGUGCAGCUAGGAUCAUUGCCAUUAUUAGCGUCAUGGUCAUUGUGAUCUCGAUUCUCAUCUUCUGCUUGGAGACUCUGCCUGAGUUCAGGAAUGAGAAGGAACUGAGGGAGCAAUUCACCACCAUACCUCACCCGACCAAUCCAAAUGAAACCAUCUUGAUCCCACCAGGCUUCACCCCUUUCCAGGACCCUUUCUUCAUAGUGGAGACCAUCUGCAUCCUCUGGUUCUCCUUUGAACUUAUCGUGCGUUUCACCUGCGCUCCAAGCAAGGCACUUUUCUUCAAAGACGUCAUGAACACCAUCGACUUCUUCGCCAUCAUUCCCUAUUUUGUCACGCUGGGCACUGAGCUGGCAAAGGACAAAGGCGCACAACCAUCAGUGUCCCUAGCCCUAAUCAGGAUAAUCAGGCUGGUAAGGGUCUUCAGGAUCUUCAAGCUGUCUCGCCACUCAAAGGGUCUACAGAUCCUGGGACAGACGCUGAAGGCUAGCCUCAGAGAGCUCGCCCUACUCAUCUUCUUCCUCUUCAUUGGAGUUAUACUCUUCUCUAGUGCUGCCUACUUUGCUGAAGUGGAUAGUCCUGAUACGGCGUUCACCAGCAUCCCUGAGGCCUUCUGGUGGGCUGUGGUUUCAAUGACAACAGUCGGUUAUGGUGACAUGUACCCAGAGACGGUCGGGGGGAAGCUGGUGGGCUCUAUGUGUGCCAUUGCUGGUGUGCUCACCAUCUCUUUGCCAGUGCCAGUCAUUGUUUCCAACUUCAGCUACUUCUACCACAGAGGAAUGGAGUGUGAGGACACGACACAGUACCACCAUGUCGCCACAUCCCUGUGGGAGAAAGAUGGGGAGGACGAUGGAGAUGAUCAUAAUGAGGAAGGAGAGGCAGAUGUGCCUGAGAACCUGGAAGAUUAUGCCCCUUUCUAUGAGCAGAACUUCCCACCGAUCAAUGGGAGUCUCCUGCCAGGUGUUGGAGAUCAGAGAGGAAUCAACUUCUACCUCAAAGAGCCUCUGGUGACCCAAGUGUGACUGAAAGCAGAGCAGACUGAGUGUCAUUGGAUUAUCACUCCAGAACAUCUAAAAAAGACAACGAGCAUGACUUAAAGAUCCAGAUUAACUGGGGUGACACCAAAGGAAAAGUGUGCCAUGUGUAGACAAGACUUGCUUUGACAUGAUCCUUAGUUUUUGCCUUUCAAAUGUUCGUGAUCUUUACUUUAAAGAUUUUUACUUCAUUGUAUUUGACUCAAAGAUACACACAACACAGAACGAGUCUGGAUUAUCAAUUAAAAAUAAACAGUCUUUACAGAACUUUGCAGAUAGUUAUACAUAAAAUGAUGCGUGAUAAAGACGUCUUAAAUCAGUCAGUAAGCUAUGUUUCCAUAACCUGACAUGCCAGAUAGACUGUUCAAUCUAUCCACUGCAUGGAAUAUAUUUUACAUUCAUCUGGGAAACCUCUCAUACAAGCAUCUGGGAAGGGUGGGAAUUUUCAAAAUCCUCGGAAAGUGACUGGACGAAAGUUCAUCAGUUUUUGGUGGACAAAACUCAUGCCAAAGCCAGUUGGGAGAAGAGCAAAAACUUCUCUGCAAAAAAAAAAGCUUUCAGUGGGGUAACUUUGCUCUUGUUUUAAUGAAGAAAUGCGGCAUAGUCCCGCUUUACUAUAGCUACAUCCAAACUCAUUACUACACUAGCAACAGCCUUUGUGUAUACUGGGUUAUAGUACAACUAUAACUGGUAACUAUCACAAACUCAUGCCAGGGGAAGAGCAAAAACAUCUUUUCUGUCAUGAAAAUCUUUCAGUUCUGUUCUUUGCUCUUUAUUUAAUAAAGAAAUUUCAUCCAGUUCUGAUAGAAAUGUUCCUGUACUGUAGCUACAUCCAAGCUAAUCCUGAAACCAGCAGCAGCCUUUGCAGACAACUUCUACUGCAACUAACACCCGGCCUUAUCCAUGGCCUCUUUUUCCUGAAAUUACGCUGAUUGGUCUGGCCCAUUCUCAGACUAGACACGAUCAUUUCAGACUGGAACUUUGCAAAAUGGAUUUGCUUGUUAACAGACAAGGAAUCUGUUCAAUACAUCCGCUUUGUAUGGUUAAUAGAAGCGUGCCUGCUUCUGCCAGGUCAAAGCCCAGUGCCAAAUUGCCUAUUUGCUAUUUGCUUUUGAUAUCAAACAUUUACCUUUUAAAUGUUCCCUUAUUACCUUUUCAUGCCAUAACAAGUUCCUUUUUCUGUGGCUAAGUUCAUGCCAUACUCUUAGAUCUACCCAAAAUUUGUUAUUUGCUUUAAAAAGAAAAUGGGUCUUUGCCCAAACAGGAAGUCAGCCACCUUUAGUUUAAGAUAGAACAAAAAUUUCAAAAUAAAAUUAAACAGUUUAAACACAAAGAAGGCUGGGUGUCCAUAGCCAUCUUUUUUGAGCUAUCAGCGCUGACAUAUAAUAUCAGUUUUACCUGCAUUUUAAAAGUCCAUUUUUAGUUUUAAUUUUUACUGCAUAUUGGAAUCCACAUGUUCUAUAUCUGUGCCAGUCCUUCAACUACCAUACACUAAAGACAUACUGAAUGUAAUACAUGAAUAUAAAGAAAGAAUCGGUAGAAGUAUGUUUACUAUUACUGCUGAUUAUUGUGGAGAUAGAAAUGAAGUAAGGCUGUUUACAAGUAUGAUUCUUAAUGAAAUGAACAAAUAAUGAGGUCAUUGAUUGUUAUUAAAAGAAGGAAACAUAAGAAGAAGUUGUGUUUUAUUUUUGAUGUAAUGUAAAAGGAAUUCAAGACAUUUUUUAAUAGAAGGUCCCUGAUAGAUGCUACUUCAAUGGGGGUCUUAGGUAUGUCAAAGUUUAGGAACUCUUGUUCUGAGGCAUUGAAAGAAAGCUCUAGAUGCUACAUGAUAGUUAUCUACUACAUAAUACCGGAUUGUAUGAUGAACUUUGGCACCUUUUACCCCAGCUGUGCACAUGCAUGGUGCUUAAAUGUACAGUAAGUUCUGCAGGUGUUAAUCCCAUGUACGUGUCACAGUUAUGGCAGA